AUGUCCCACAGAAAGUUUUUGGCGUCACGACAUAAUUCGAUGGGAUUUACCCCAAAGGAACGAAGCCAACGAAUUCGCAGAAAGUGCAAAGCAUUUUCCAAAGACCGCCGGUCUCUGCCACCGCAUUUGACUGUCUUCUUGGGCUACAAGGCCGGCAUGACUCACAUUGUCCGCGAAGUCGAUCGACCGAGAUCAAAGGUCCACAAAAGGGGAAUUUUUGAACCGGUUACUAUCCUGGAAUACCCACCCAUGGUUUUUGUGCUGUUGGUGGGCUAUGCCCCUACGGCCCGUGAACCCCGUACAUUCAAGACUGUCUGGGCAGAACACUUCACCGAAGAAUGCCGUCUUCGGUUUUACAAAGAUUGGUAUACUCAACACCAUCAAUCACAGGCGUGUUCCAUAUCCAGCAUGUCCCACAGAAAGUUUUUGGCGUCACGACAUAAUUCGAUGGGAUUUACCCCAAAGGAACGAAGCCGACGAAUCCGCAGAAAGUGCAAAGCAUUUUCCAAAGACCGCCGGUCUCUGCCACCGCAUUUGACUGUCUUCUUGGGCUACAAGGCCGGCAUGACUCACAUUGUCCGCGAAGUCGAUCGACCGAGAUCAAAGGUCCACAAAAGGGGAAUUUUUGAACCGGUUACUAUCCUGGAAUGCCCACCCAUGGUUUUUGUGCUGUUGGUGGGCUAUGCCCCUACGGCCCGUGAACCCCGUACAUUCAAGACUGUCUGGGCAGAACACUUCACCGAAGAAUGCCGUCGUCGGUUUUACAAAGAUUGGUGCACAACUGGGGGCCGCUUGGGCGAAGCCGCAAAAGAAGAGUCGAAGGACAUAUCAGCUCCCAUCAAAUCCAAAGGCAACGCAUCGACUAAAUUUACUCUAACAGCGAAGAACAUCAUUUCCAUGGGUGGAUUUCCACAAUACGGAGAGGUGCGCAAUGACUAUGUUAUGAUAAAUUACCAUGGCAAACAGCACAUAUUUUAG